AUGACGGAUCAGGGCGAAAAGAAGGGUCUCUGGAGUAUGCUCCGAAGGGCCAGCUCCAGAAGACAUUCGACGAAACCUCCGCCAAAAGACCUUGAGCCUAGAGAGUACCAUCGUCCUCGUCGUGCUAGUAACGGCGACGUAGGCCAUGCGCCAUUUCGCCAAAGUAUUGGUUCAGCUCCCGAUCUUACCUACGAUAGUCAGCGUCCUCCGACUGCCGAAGACGAGUCCAACAUGCGCCGCAGACCGAAAAGAGGACAACCCGAACCCGAACCCGAACCCCGGUCUUCCCCAAUACGGUCCAAGUCGUCCGGCUUUCUUAACAAGUCCCGCGCAUCGAACGGAUCCAGACCGUCGAACGGACGUCCGGUUCGCGCUCGAGACCCUCAAUCAGCCUGGCCACCUUAUGGCAUUUCUAUGAACGAUGAACUACCUCAUCAGCAUGCCCUUGAGCUAGUUGCUCGAGGUGCUCCUUCGCAUAAAGGCCACAAACGACCUAUACCGCAUCAACCUGAAGAAUUCUACGCUCUUUAUACGACAUCGAGUGGAAAUCGAGGUGAUGGCAAGUCUUCUGACACUACCGAUGUUUCUAAUCUUCACGACUCCAUGACUCAGCUCAUGACGUUACGCAUGAUAGGCCAUGGUUACGCAGACCGGCCAUGGGAGACCCUCGAGCAACCGAGUUUCGCCUUCUUCUUCGGGCAUCUACCUGGAACCAUCACACUAAACGAAUGGGCCUCAAUGUCCAGUGUUCUUCCACCUACAAUUGCUCUCCGAGAUGCGGGAGUCAUGCCUCGCACCAUGAGUCUUGAAAGCAUAUUCGAUCGACUGCAAGAAUUACGGCAUGGUAUUGAGGACGACGACGAGUCUUUGCUUUAUCGCGUUCUUUACAAGCGUAUUUUGAGGGACCCCGAGAAGUUUCUCAACCCCCACAAAACCCUCGACAAGCAGAUUACGGAUCUUAUCAUGGUUUUGUCUCGCCCGGACUGGAUCGACUUUAGUAACCCCCGGAAUCAAGUUGCUACACGAUUUAUCUUCGACAGAAGUCCCGGGAAUGAGGAGCAGUUUCACAAAUUCUUUCACCAACUCCUGCUAAGUCUAGAGCUUGAGUUGCGCAUUCAGUCAGACCAACAUAGUGAUUGGGCAAAGGAGAAGUUGACAUCACAAAUACCCCCAUCAAUACAGUGGAAUCUGGCCCUGGCUCGUCGUUGGCAGGAUUUUGUCCGUGUUGAUGAUGUUGGCAAGACACCUGAAGAGAUUCUUCUCCGGUAUAAGUUAAAGAAGCGCCAAAUCAGGAUGUUGAGACGCUUUGCUCAGAUGAUGAGAUGGCCCAACCUAGCCGAUACCCUUGAUAAUAUGAAACAGAAGGAUUCGGAAUUGGCUCUGGAUGAGGUCAGCUCUGAUGCGUUUGCCUUCUUCAGUGGCCUGGUGUUGCCUGGUCAAACCUUCCCAUUUUUAAUAAUGAACACUCUUCUUGACCUUGAUCCGGACAGUGCAACGGAUAACCUCGCUCUUCUUUCACACAUGCAUCCUCACUGCGGAUUUCAGUACAAGAACAGCUACACAUAUUGGUCGGCCACUUCGAUUGUGGGUAAAGUUUUAGCACCUACAUGCCAUGCAGUUGCUGGUUGGAUCGGCCCUGCGCGCCCUACCAAAGAUCUUGACACAACCCAGAUUGCACGAAUUCGAAGUCGAAAACCAAUACAGCGGAUGAGCCCCCAGGAUGUCGAAUCGAUGGCAGAGCGUUCUGACCCGCUUGGCCCUGCUGCAGAUGCAUAUCCAGUAGAGGAUUAUCAGCCAGUGCGCCCGAAAGGUGGUCCUGAAGAUGCUAUUGACACGGUACGGAUAGAGCUGUUAAGUCUCAAGCCAGCAGAUGGACCUGGGGACGCCCCUACUGCGGCAGGGCUUUCGCGACUGUUUGACGCAACUGUGCAGUUUGCCAUUGAUGGCGUGUCAUGGCCAUUGAAACUCAUGUACGAUGUCUCAUUCGUGGCCGCGUGGCCUUGCUCUGAUGGGCCACACCCGCUCUUCUUUGACUACAUCUACACGUCAAUCCGUGUAGAUGCUAUCGUUGGAGUGCGAGACUGGGGAGGUUUGUAUGGGGGGCCGCAAUUGCAUAGUGUGCGAUCAAGCCCAGGACCAGGCAUGAUGCGAGGCCCCUACCGAGAUAUGUUCAGUCAGAGCUUCAACCACAACCACGCACCAUUAAACGGUUUCAUGCAGACUGGUGCACUUGAGGAAGAAGACGAGAACGACGAUGAAAAGGUUCUUGUAGUGGAAGCGUUCGGAGUCCGCGAUAACGAGGUCUUGGCACGAGCAUGGUGUUCUCACUGGGGUCUCAGUGCCGUGGUGGCCGAUAUUCGGCGAACAUGUGUGGCAUGUGCCAUUCGUGAAGCGUACGCGGCAACGCUGACAGUGGUGAUCCUGGUAGAAGGCCAGGAGUAUCCUAAUAAUGAGUGA